GAACUAUAGUGUUUGACUCACUAUACAUCACUCAUCUCGACUCAGAGUGUUGCCUAACGUAAUACUGCAUAUAUCUUGUCAACGCAUCCCCGCAAUUGUCAGUAUUCGCCCCGCAAAUAUUCCACGCAUCUUCAGCAGGACUAUCACGAACAUGGCCAGAGGUGGUCGUGGCGGCGGCAGUCGCAAUCCGGCCAAUCAGCCAAGAGAAGUACAGGUUUCGAAGAAGAUAAGCUGGUUACUCAGACAUGGGGCUGACCAGGAGGGGCUGAGGUUAGGAAAGGGUGGCUAUGUCAAUGUUCAAGAUGCGCUCAACACCAAGGCUCUACAAAGCCUCAAAAUCACCUUUGCAGAAGUCCGUGACGCAGUCGCAAACAACGAGAAACAGCGCUUUUCUAUGAUCCCAGUCUCCAUACAAGAAUCAGACGAUCCAGCAGAGUACCUCAUCCGCGCGAACCAAGGUCACUCCAUCAAAGUCGAAAACGAGGGCCUCCUCGUCCCCAUCACCACUGAAGCCGGAAACGUCCCCGAAACAGUCGUCCACGGCACCGACGAGCGCGCCUGGAACCUCAUCCUCAAGAGCGGCGGUCUCCGUCCCAUGGGGAGAAACCACAUCCACUUUGCUUCUGGACUACCCGCUGGAUUCAAAUCCCUUGACUCGACAUCUGCAUCUGCAGACGCUGCGCCCGUUAUAUCUGGUAUGCGCAGGGGUUCGACGAUUCUGGUUUACGUUGAUAUCGAUGCUGCGCUUGCUGCUGGUAUCAAGUUUUUCAUCUCGGAGAAUGGUGUCAUUUUAACAGAGGGCAAUGAGCAAGGUUUUUUGCCGUAUACCUUCUUCAAGCGCGUGGAGAGCAGGAAGAAGGAUGGCGGUGUAUUGAUGAGUGAUGGGAAGUUGCCUGAAGGCGUGACUGUAAAUGUUGAAGAGUGGGAGAAGGAAUUUGGGCAAGUGCAGAAAGGUAGAGGUGGUGGUGGCCGAGGUGGUCGGGGUGGCGGUAGAAGAGGUGGGAAAUCGAGAGCAGCGAACGAUUCAAGAGACACGACGGGCAAUGCAUAA